AUGCAUCAGUUCGGCGGCAGGGUGUGUGGCUUCUCCGCGGUGGUCUCGCUGAUCCUGGUGGCGUUGGCAGCAGCAUCCUCUGAUUUGUUUGACAACCAACUUGGCGAUAUCAAUUACUGCAAAAAGCAAUGCCAGAUCACCAUCAAAAACAAAAGCCCCGCCAAAGACUCGAUCAUGAACGCGUGUCACCGCGGUUGCCGUCUCUACUCCAUAUGCCAGUUUGUGAACGGGAACGCCGGCUUCAACACCAGCAAAGAGGAGUGCCAGGGAGCUUGCCAGGAGGCCUAUAGUCGACUGCUGGAGCAAGAAGCUUGCAGCACUGGCUGUUUGAAUCAGCCUGCUGAAUCAGAAAUCAAAAGGAGGAAGCUGAAGGCUCUGACGCACAGGCCCAAACCGGUCUCGGUGAUGGAGGCCGUUUCCAGUUGGUGUAACGACAUCGUCAGCUCGGCCCAAAGCCUCAUCUCGUCCUCGUGGACGUUCUACCUGCAGGCUGACGACGGAAAGGUGGUGGUGUUCCAAAGUCAACCUGAGAUUGAGUUCUCUCUGCCCGAGCUGCAGGCCCCGCGCUCCAGCGUCGCAGACAAGCCCUGGCCGCCAGUCAACUCCCACACGCAGCGUCCACACGCAGGUGUGAGAUCGCAUGGGGAGAAGAACACGGCCAGAGGCGGAGGAGCAGGAAAAGGGAAACGCUCCGGCCAGCACGCGGACGAUCCCACCGCCGAGCAUGAUUUUCUGGGCUGCAUGUCCAGGCGGUCAGGGCUGCCACGUUGGAUUCUGGCUGCGUGUCUUUUUCUCUCCAUUAUGAUGAUGUUGUGGUUGAGCUGUGCCAGUCUGGUCACAGCACCAGAGCAACACGUCAAGAAUCAGCUGAGUAUCAAUGGAGACAAGGAGUUCCUGGAUGAUGUUCAGAAGGUCAACCCCUACCAUUUGCCUCCGGUGAUUGCUGUAGCAAUCGGCCAAUCAGGCGAAGACAAGGUGGCGGGUCCGUUGCCAGUCAAAGUUGAUCUGAGCAAAACCUCUAUCUGA